AGAUGAGCUCAUCACCCAGCUGUAAAAACAAUUUGUUUUUAAUGACAGCAGGCUCAAGUCUUUGUCCUGCACCCAGCGCCCUCGCUCUUCCGUGUAAACUCAUGCCUGCAUUAUUAGCACUUCAGCUCAUCUCUCCUGUAUGACAGCCACAGUCCCAUUAUAAUGUGGAGUAGCAUGGCAAGCUAUAAUGACAAAUAGCAGCUGGAGCUACCUGAAACUGCCGACAGGUAAACGUACUGAGAGAGUAAUUACAUUUAUGUUGUGAGUGUUUACACAGGCUCACCGAGGGACCCGCUAAAUACAGUGUAAUCGAUCACGCAAUGGUGUUCUCACACACUAUUGUAGGUCAGUCAUAUUGUCAUGGAGAGUGCUUGAAUGAAUGAUGAAUAUGUGGUUAAACGUCACAGAAGGGCCUAUUUAAGUGUCCGGUCAGGCUGAAGCCUGACAAAAGGAGCAAAGCCAGGGAUGGCACGCAGCUGUCAGUCAAUAUGGAGUUAUUAGUCAAAUAUGAAGCUAAAAAUCUCAUUCCUGCAGUGAUGCAGUCAGAAAUGUUGAAACUUCUCACCCACAGUCUGUGGAAAGCGGUCUUCUUACUGAGUCUGCUGACAGUAGGAUGUGGACAUGCUGAGCCCAGCUGCACAAAUCGUCGGUGUCUGGCUGAAAUGCUGAUCAACAAAAGUUACGUAUCUCAGCCACAGUAUGAAAACUGCACCCAUAUGAUCCAUGUGCCGUUCAUCGAGUACCAAACUCUCUCGGUUGACACAAAGAAUCUCCGCCUGAACAGUCGUCUGCAAGCCUCACUUGUAUGGACAGACCUCGAGUUGGCAUGGAACACAUCAGUCUACCAGUAUGAUGAGGUGGUCCUGCCAGUGAAUAAAGUCUGGACUCCGGAGCUCCAUGUGACAAAUGCAAUAGUAACGGACAUGACGCACAGCUCCAGGGAUCUGCUGGUGUACAGUAACGGCACGCUGCAUCACAAUGUGAUCAUAACUGCACAGGUGAACUGCGAGGUCAACCUGUUCAACUAUCCCUUUGCUGCUGAUGAGUGCCCUGUCGCGAUCCAGACCUGGGCCACUGAUGGAUGUGGCACAGAGCUGAUACUGGGUGAAUUGUGGAUGAUUGAUGGGACCCAUGGAGAUUGGCAAACUGACAGUGUGGACUUCCAGAAACAGAGAGAUGACCGAAAUUACAUCAGUGUGGCGCUGAGUAUCAAAUACACCAACCCCUUCAUAACAUUACUGUUACCCAGUAUCCUGAUCAUCUUGGCCGAUGGGGUUAGUUUCGCUCUGCCGCUGGGAGGCGGUGAACGCAACUCUUUCAAAGUCACUUUGGUGCUCAGUUUCACCAUGUUCCUCAUCAUCCUCAACGACCAGCUCCCUGGAGACAGCCAGUGCAGCCCCGUCAUCCGAACCCACUUCUGCGUUUGUCUGGUCCUCUUGGUGUUGAGCAUGUUGGUGUCCAUGGUGCUGACCAGGCUGGCCAGUGACGGCACCUUCCUUUUCUGCUGUACCAAAGGGUUACUCCCAGAAAACAAAAGAAAGAAAAGGGAGGAGAAAGAGGAUGAGGAAGUCAAAGCCGAUGUUAGUGUUGUUCAGCUGAAUGCCUCGGAAGAGCAGAAUCGAAUGUUCAGGAAGGUGAUCGACUUUCUGGAAGAUAUUGGCGCGAAGCAGCAGGAAAGCGAGAGACAUCAGCAGUUUGCCAACAAAGUGGACAAGAUAUUUUUCUGGUUCUAUUUCUCUUUUGGCUGUUUAUACUUUUUUACCAUGACUUUUGUGAUGGUGAAAUAUAAAUGUAAAGUUAACCAUUUUGAUUUCUGGUAUUAAUAACAGAGGCUAACUGCACAUGCUAUUAAUUCAUGCCAUUACUUUUUAUUUAAAGUUGCACGUACCUGUUCAGAAUAAAAUUACAAUUUCAUGAUAUAUAUGAUCUCAUAAAUACAAAUGCCUAACUGAUGCAAUCUCAGCACAUCUUUUUCAUGAAGUCAAUCUCACAGACAUAAUCUGUCAGAUAUAGUGGUCCUCAUUUGUACUUGCAGUUGAUCUUUCUGUGUUAGACAAAAUGUGUUAGCAUACUUGUAAAAAGUCAAAUAAAUAACCA